AUGUCUGAAGCAGCUUUAUAUGAUAUCCUAUUCAUAGACCGGUCCCAGAACUGUCCUACUCCGCUGCCGACUCCAAACGACAUAGACGGCUCUGAAGUCUUGCCCAAUAGACUUAGCAGUGCUCGCCUCGUCAGAAUACAGCAGAGGUUUGUUAUGAAGUUCGGCGCCGAUGUGCGACCUAUAGAGGCCCAGAACAUGCUAUACGUGGCAAAAUCCACAACGGUGCCAGUUCCCAAGGUCUACGCCAUCUACCAACGCCGUGAGAAGCAGAGCACAGUCACAUAUAUUCUCAUGCAAUAUGUGCAGGGCACCACACUCAUGGAUUUGUGGGGUAGCCUCGACCAAGCUCGUAAAACCUCCAUCGCCAAGACUCUUCGGACAUACUUCGAUCAGCUUCGGCAGCUAGAGCACCCUGGUUUUUUUCGGCAACAUCAACGGCGGACCGCCACUCGACGAUAUAUUUUCGGCGACACAGGGUGCCAACGAGAUCAAGGGAUCGUUUGCUACCGAGGACGAGCUGACGGACUGGAUCAUUUGAAUGUACUCCUCGAGAUCGGCGAACGUGCGGCCCACAAGACUCAGUAUUACCAACAUGUCCUGCCAACCGUCCUUCGCAGCGAUGGCACUCCCAUCUUCACCCACAAUGACUUUCAAAGGAAGAAUGCCAUUGUGCAGGAUGACGGAGUUCUGCGCAUAGAAACAAUACUUUGCAAGUACAAACAAUACCCUGCAUAUACAAACAAUAGAAUCCACUCGAUCGGCGUAGCAUACGUGACAUCGUUGACAUGA